AUGGACGGGUUCCAUGGAGAUCGCGUCGUCCCUCUAGCCUCCACCUCGUUUGGCCGGAGACAGCAAGAGUACCCCGUCGCCAACGCCACCGACGGCCGGAACACGCUGUACCCCGUGGAACUCGCCUCCGUCGUCGGCUCGUGCGCAGCGGACCGCCUCCUGAGAUCGCUCCCCGCGGGCGCCGCCGGCGUCGCGGGCUUCUCCCGGUGUCCGCUCUCCCUGCCGUCGCAGCUCUCCUCGCAGCGCGCGUUCGGCAACAAAUUCGCCCUGUGCCUGCCGGACUUCGCCUUGUUCGGCAACACGUCGGUGAACCUGGGGCUCCAGUUCCUCCCCGACCUCGCCUCCGUCAUCCCGUACACCCCGCUCGUGAGGAACCCCCGGAACGACGCUCACUACCUCCCCGUCAAGACCAUCUCGGUGCGCUGGGAUCAGGACGUCGAGGUGUCCAUGCCCCCCGGCGCGCUCGACCUCGACUUCAACACCGGCCGCGGCGGCGUGGUGCUGAGCACGGUGACGCCGUACAUGGCCAUGCGCUCCGACGUGUACCAGAAUAAACGUGUCACGUCAGUAUAUCUGCUCCUCGAUCCAGCAUCUCCAACAGAUUGUAUCCACGGAUAUCCGCAUCUGAUUAAUCGUUAA